AUGCCUCGCUACUGGAGUCACGGGUUAUGCGGUUGUUUCGGAGACCUUGGUCUAUGCUGUCUUACAUAUUUCCUACCCUGUGUCACAGCCGGUCGUAAUGCAGAAGCUGUGGGGAAAUCGUGCCUACUCCACGGACUCUCCGUCAUGGUUCCGAUCCUGCAUAUGAUAUGUGCCGGCAGCGUUCGGGGUAACAUACGAGACGAGCGGGACAUAGUCGGCGGCUGCGUUGGAGAUAUGUUACUGCACUGUUUCUGUAGUUGCUGCGCUUUAAUACAGGAAGCGCAAGAAUUGAAAAUUCCUGCACCACAGGUAGCCGUAGUGGAAAGAAAAUAA